AUGCCUAAGAGCCGGGAGAGGUUGAGCCCGGACCCGUCGGUGCACAUCACCAAGAUGAACAUGAUCAUCCCCUUUUCGCCCGACGUGCCGUGUGACAGCAACGGCCAGCGCAUGUGGUGGGCUUUCCUCGCAUCGUCCAUGGUCACUUUCUUCGGGGGGCUCUUCAUCAUCCUCUUGUGGAGGACCCUCAAGUACCUGUGGACCGUCUGCUGCCACUGCCAAGCCAAGAAGAAGGAGGUGCACCGACUGACCACGGGCGACGGCGUCCUCAAGCGCGCCGACAAAGACGACGCGGCAGCGGCUAGCGAGGUGGGAUGGAUGACGUCGGUGAAAGAUUGGGCGGGAGUGAUGAUCUCCGCUCAGACCCUGACGGGACGAGUCCUGGUGGUGCUCGUGUUUGCCCUCAGCAUCGGCGCUCUGGUCAUCUACUUCAUCGAUUCUUCAGACCCCAUCGAGUCGUGUCAGAACUUCUACGAGGACAUCACGCUGCAGAUCGACAUGGCUUUCAACAUCUUCUUCCUUUUGUACUUUGGCCUACGAUUCAUCGCCGCCAACGACAAGCUUUGGUUCUGGCUGGAGGUCAACUCGGUCGUGGACUUCUUCACCGUGCCGCCCGUUUUCGUGUCGGUCUACCUGAACCGAAGCUGGCUCGGCUUGAGGUUCUUAAGGGCUUUACGGUUGAUCCAGUUUUCGGAAAUUUUGCAGUUUUUGAACAUACUCAAGACAAGCAACUCCAUCAAGCUGGUCAAUUUGUGUUCGAUCUUUAUCAGCACAUGGCUAACAGCAGCAGGAUUCAUUCAUUUGGUGGAAAAUUCUGGGGAUCCUUGGGAAAACUUCCAGAAUUCUCAGGCGCUUUCCUACUGGGAAUGUGUGUAUCUGCUGAUGGUUACCAUGUCCACAGUGGGCUAUGGAGACGUUUACGCCAAAACCACACUGGGCCGACUCUUCAUGGUCUUUUUCAUCCUUGGUGGUUUGGCCAUGUUUGCGAGCUACGUGCCUGAAAUCAUAGAGUUAAUAGGCAACCGCAAGAAAUACGGUGGUUCCUAUAGUGCUGUUAAUGGCCGAAAGCACAUCGUGGUGUGCGGCCACAUCACACUGGAGAGCGUCUCCAACUUCCUCAAAGACUUCCUACACAAGGACAGGGAUGAUGUCAAUGUAGAAAUCGUUUUUCUCCAUAAUAUUUCCCCUAAUCUUGAGCUGGAAGCCUUGUUCAAACGACAUUUCACCCAGGUGGAGUUCUACCAGGGGUCCGUCUUAAACCCUCACGACCUGGCCAGAGUCAAAAUUGAAUCAGCCGAUGCCUGUUUGAUUUUAGCAAACAAAUACUGUGCCGAUCCUGAUGCUGAGGAUGCCUCCAACAUCAUGAGGGUAAUAUCCAUCAAGAACUACCACCCAAAGAUCCGCAUCAUCACUCAAAUGUUGCAGUAUCACAACAAGGCGCACCUGUUGAACAUCCCCAGCUGGAACUGGAAAGAAGGCGAUGAUGCCAUCUGCCUAGCCGAGCUCAAGCUGGGCUUCAUCGCCCAAAGUUGCCUGGCUCAAGGCCUGUCCACCAUGCUGGCCAACCUCUUCUCCAUGAGGUCCUUCAUCAAGAUCGAGGAAGACACAUGGCAGAAGUAUUACCUGGAGGGCGUGGCCAAUGAGAUGUACACAGAGUACCUUUCAAGUGCCUUUGUGGGGUUGUCCUUUCCUGUUAUUUGCGAAUUAUGCUACGUGAAACUAAAGCUCCUCCUGAUAGCUAUAGAGUACAAGUCUGAUCAGAGGGAGAGCAGCACGCUCAUCAACCCCGGCAACCACGUGAAGAUGCAGGAAGGCACGCUGGGCUUCUUCAUUGCUAGCGACGCCAAAGAAGUCAAGCGGGCAUUGUUUUACUGCAAAGCAUGCCAUGAUGAUGUCACGGAUCCGAAACGUAUUAAGAAAUGCGGAUGCAAAAAAUGUAAGUUAUUUGAAGACGACCAACAAUCGAUGCUGUCUAAAAAAAAGCAAAGAAACGGAGGCAUGAGAAAUUCCCCAAACUCGUCACCGAAGCUCAUAAGACACGACCCGCUCCUCAUCUCCGUCAACGAGCAGAUGGAAAGCGUGGACGAGAACGUGAAGAAGUACGACUCCACGGGAAUGUUCCACUGGUGUCCAUCCAAAGACAUCGAGAAGGUCGUGCUGACUCGGAGCGAGGCGGCCAUGACGGUGCUGAGCGGUCACGUGGUGGUGUGCAUCUUCGGCGACGUCAAAUCGGCGGUGAUUGGCCUGCGCAACUUCGUCAUGCCGCUGCGGGCCAGCAACUUCCAUUACCACGAGCUUAAGCACAUCGUGUUCGUGGGCUCGCUCGAGUACCUCAAACGCGAGUGGGAGACGCUGCACAAUUUUCCUAAGGUCUCCAUUUUGCCGGGCACGCCGCUGAGUCGAGCAGACCUGAGGGCUGUCAACAUCAACCUCUGCGACAUGUGUGUCAUCCUGUCAGCCAAUCAGAACAAUAUUGACGACGCGUCGCUGCAGGACAAAGAGUGCAUCUUGGCGUCGCUCAACAUCAAGUCCAUGCUCUUUGACGACAGCAUCGGCGUCUUGCAGGCCAAUUCCCAAGGGUUCACGCCGCCGGGCAUGGACCGAUCGUCUCCGGAAAACAGCCCGAUCCACGGAAUCGUGCGGCAGACCUCCGUGACGACGGGGGCCAACAUUCCCAUCAUCACCGAACUGGCAAAGCCCGAGCAAAAAGUGGCUACCGUUUCACUCAGUCAGGAUAAAAGCAGCGGGACCAACAUACAAAUGAUUACCGAGCUGGUCAACGAUUCCAAUGUCCAGUUCCUGGAUCAAGACGACGACGACGAUCCUGACACAGAGUUGUACCUGACUCAGCCGUUCGCUUGCGGCACCGCCUUCGCCGUCAGCGUGCUGGACUCCUUGAUGAGUGCUACGUACUUCAACGACAACAUCCUCACCCUCAUCCGCACGCUGGUAACGGGCGGCGCCACCCCAGAGCUGGAGGGGCUACUGGCAGAGGAAAAUGCGCUGCGGGGAGGCUACAGCACCCCGCAGACGUUAGCCAACCGGGAUCGCUGUCGCGUGGCUCAGCUGGCUUUGUACGACGGACCCUUCGCUGACCUUGGGGAUGGCGGUUGCUAUGGCGACCUGUUUUGUAAAGCGCUGAAAACAUACAACAUGCUGUGCUUCGGCAUCUAUCGGCUUCGUGACGCACAUCUAAACUCGCAAAGUCAAUGCACCAAACGAUACGUCAUUACCAAUCCGCCCUACGCCUUCGAGCUGGUGCCCUCGGACCUCAUCUUCUGCCUCAUGCAGUUUGACCACAACGCCGGCCAGUCGCGGACCAGCCUCUCGCACUCGUCUCAUUCGUCCAGCAAAAAAAGCUCAUCUGUGCACUCCAUCACCACCAUCAACCGAGCCAACCGCAACAAGAGCAGAGACCCUCGAGACAAGCUAAAGUACGUAAAAUAA